AUGACAACGCGUAAGAGAAAUGAAUUCCUCGACCUCGCCCCAAGCGACGACGAAGACAACGACCGCGGCUACGACUCCGAAGCGGCUGAAGAAAGCAAAGCGCGAAUUUCCAAGCGCAGACGAACGCAAAACCAAACCGACGAAUCCGACCAAAGCGACAAUGACUCCGACGAAGACCUAAAACUAAGCAAGAGCAAAGGCAAAGCCAAGAAGCCCCAGCAAUCCGAAGAUGAUGACAACGACGAUGACGAACAAGAAGAGACAACCGGCGCACAAUACCUAGACGUCACAGAGCAGGAAACGAAACCGAGUAAGCGGAAACCAUUGGAUAAGGGCAAGCCGCCGAAGAAGAACAAGACCGGGGUUGUCUAUCUCUCGUCGCUACCGCCUUAUUUGAAACCGUUUGCGUUGAAGAGUAUGCUGGAGGCGAGGUCGUUCGGGCCGAUCACGAAGGUGUUCUUGUCGCCUUCUGUGAGGCCGGCUUCGGCGCCGCGGAGGAGGUCGAAUAAGCGGAAGACGUAUACGGAUGGGUGGGUUGAGUUUGCGUCGAAGAAGACGGCUAAGCUUUGUGCGGAGACGUUGAAUGCGUCGAUUGUUGGGGGGAGGAAGGGCGGUUGGUACCAUGAUGAUGUGUGGAACAUGAAGUAUUUGAAGGGCUUCAAAUGGGGCGAUCUGAUGGAACAGGUGCAGAGGGAGAGACAGGAGAGGGAGGCUAAGCAGCGCAUUGAGGACUCUCGGGCCAGGAAAGAGGACAAGGUCUUCCUUCAAGGUGUUGAGACUGGUAAAGUGCUUGAUGGGAUGCAGAGAAAGAACGAAGAGAAGAAGAAAAGGAAGAUGGAGGCUGGUGAUGCGGGAGGCCAGCAGACCACCGAGCUCAAAGUUAGGAGAACAUUCAAGCAGAAUGAGGUUAAGAGGGGCCGUCAUACGAUCCAGGAUGGUGCAGCUGCUUUGGAGGAUGAUACAAAGAGGGUGCUGGGGAAGAUUUUCUAG